CAAUAAAAACCUUUGUUCUCUGUUGAAGCACAGCUCCUGCACUCGGAAACCAAACCCUAGAAGAGCAGAGAGAUCGAAAAUGGUGCAGAGACUCACGUACAGGAAGCGGCACAGCUAUGCCACUAAAUCAAACCAGCACCGGAUCGUCAAAACCCCUGGUGGAAAGCUGGUGUAUCAGACCACCAAAAAGAGAGCAAGCGGUCCUAAGUGCCCCGUCACCGGCAAGAGGAUUCAAGGCAUUCCUCACUUGAGACCUGCAGAAUAUAAGAGGUCGAGAUUGUCGAGGAACAGGAGGACUGUCAAUCGGGCUUAUGGAGGUGUAUUGUCGGGUGGUGCUGUCAGAGAAAGGAUUAUUCGAGCCUUUUUAGUUGAAGAGCAGAAGAUAGUGAAGAAGGUUCUCAAGAUUCAAAAGUCCAAGGAAAAGCAGUCCUCUAAAAGUUAGGAAUGAAAAAAUAUAAGAUUUGGAGGAGUCGUCGAAACAGUCAGUGUUAGUGAUUUAUGGAAAGUAUUAGGGGCAUUCCAUUUUCGAUUUGUAUUUUGAUUUGUCUCUUGGAACUAUGUUCUUCUACAUUUACGUUAUCAUCUCUCAACUUAUCUACAAUUUAUGCUGCAAUUUUGUUCUGUUUUGAAGUACACUCUUGACGCUUCUUGAACUCUUGGGUUUAUCACUUGUAAUGUCAGGUUACUUGUUGAUGUUUUUGAGUUUUGUUUCUUACAA